AUGGCCAACCAUGAAAAGCUGUUAUCUCAGGUGUCGAAUCCGGACUUUGAGUUUUUGGCUGCGAAAUAUGUAGAAUUACGCAGUUUCUUGAAUAGCUCCUCCUCUGUCCGUGGAUUUGACUACUCGAAUCCACUCGCUCCUUAUAAGCUCUGUAGUGUGCUCGCUAAAGAGUAUUUUGAUCUCGACAUUAAUCUGAGCCCAUCCCACCUGUGUCCUCGAAUUGCUAACCGCUUGGAUUAUAUUCUCUGGAUUUACAGAUUACUAGAUGGAACAGAGCUGGUAAACGAGAAGCUUGUAGGACUAGAUGUUGGUACAGGGGCUUCGUGUAUCUACCCUCUUUUGGGAUGUGCAGUUUUUCCUGAUUGGAAGUUCUAUGCUACCGAAAUUAAUCCGGAAUCAAUUAUCCAAGCGAUGGAAAAUUGUAAACGAAAUGAAAUAAAAGUUGGUGAUCGUAUUAUUAUAAUGCCGGUCAGUGUUGACGAUGUACUCUUUCCUACGAACAAAUUUGCGUCGACCCCGAUGUUCACCAUGUGCAAUCCUCCAUUUUAUGAGAGCAGUAAAGAACUAGCUGAACGUACUCGGCUGAAAUCGUCGUCUCCAAAAACUCCCGUGCUUUGGGCUAAUGAUAGUGAGUUGUACACUAAAGGUGGUGAUCUAGAAUUCACACGCAGGAUGAUUGACGAAUCAUUAGAGCUGAAAGGCAAGAUCAAAUGGUAUACGACAAUGGUAGGCAAAAAGGAAACAUUGAUAUCAGUUGUAGCCAAGCUCAAGGAGUACAAUAUACAUAACUACGUGAUACAUGAAAUCUCUCCUGGAAAAGUCACUAAGCGGUGGGCGGUAGGUUGGUCUUUUACAGAUUACCAUCCUCGACGACAAGAUGCUAGAGUCGAGGGUAGUAAUCUGAGAAGCCUCAAUCCCGCUAAUAUCAGUGAGCUGAUGAUCCAAGUACCUAAUAAUGUCGUGAGGUCUAGCAGUAAUAGUAAGCGACUCAAAGGCGAUAUGUUUGCAAAACUCUUAUCAAUUCUCAGAGAAAUCGAAACUGAGCCUUAUUUCUCAGUGGAAGUUAAAAGUGAGAAAAAUAUUAUUGUCAAGUUUACAUUUGCGACUUGGACAAGGUCGUUUCGAAGAUCUGGUCUGGGCAGUAACAGGGUGUCUUCUGGCGAAACUAUUAUUUCUGUUGAGGUCAAUCAGCAAGCUCUAAAUUUAAAUUUGUGGUGGAAGUAUGGAUCUAAUUAUAAGCUUUUCGAGAGUUUCUCAGGAAUGCUGAAAACAAAACUCGCUUUAGAUACUACAAAUAUUUGA